UUCAUAUAAGCGGAUGAACAGCCUUGUGCCUAAGCAUUUUUUGGUUGAAUUUUUGCGGAUACACACGCAAACUUCUCUAUUAUCGUUCCUUUGAUGCAUCAUUUCUCGAGUAGAUUUUGUAAGAAAUUAUUCAUAUCGCUUUUUCGUAAUUUCUCGAGGGUUUAGCCAACAGAGAUGGCCCAGCAAAGCAACGGAAUGGGAGCACAUGAAAUUCCGCAACCGAAGAACACCAAUCCAUUGAACACAGAGGAUGGGAAAAGCUCGCAGCACUCGGAGCCUGCCCAGCAAACUCCUGACUCCACCAACAAGAGCUUGGCAGGUCUGCUCCACGAAGACCGCGAAAUGGAUGAGGAUAUGGAGCAGCGAGAGGAGCAGGAGCAGUGGGUGCAGCUGGACAAGGCCACGGACCAGUUGGAAGAGAAAAGCUCAAACAAAAAACGGAAAAGCCAGCUAAAUCGCUUACUUGGCGGCGUGAAGAACUUUUUCUCCGGAAAGAAAAAAAGAACUCGGUCGCUACGAGCAAGUAAGUCCUUCCAAGAGGACAAUAACAACACGGACAAGGGAACUAGCAGCUUGGAAGAUAGCCAACAAGCGGAAGGGCUCAGUGAAGAUCCCAACAGCUCAUAUCAUCCGGAAAAUUCUUCCCAGGCCCAGAUCGACGACAAUCUGGAGGUGAUGUGUAGCAAUCUGACGGUGUUCAAGAUGCUAGCUGUCGAUCUGGGUGGUGAAGUUGAGUCGCAGAACAAACUGGAGGAUAAUAUGGAGGUAAAAAUGGAGGAUGUUGAUUUGCAGAUCCAAGAGCAGUACCAGGAGUUGAGCAAGCUGCUGAAGGAAUGAUAAGGAAUUCCUUUUAAACAAACCAUAGUCGCAGCAUUUUGCAAUUUAAAAGAGGAUUUAUUGUUAGAAAGUAAAAGUUCCGAUUUUCAUAAGAAUGAUUUAAAUUUUUUUGGGCGCGGUCUUUGUUAUCUUGGAUGCUGAUGCAUCAUGUGCUCAUUUGAAAAGUAAAUUAUGACGUAUGCCACCGCUUUCGUUUAUGAACUCUGAGAUUGAAACGAUUUCAACUAAAAUUAAAACAUAAAUAUUACUUUAUUUAAUGUUAUCUGAAGAUAAUGCAUUACAAAUACACGACAAUAAGC